AUGCACACGUCUUCCCGUACCCUCCGUCGCGCUGCCGCAAAGGUUAAGCCUACUUUGACCCGCAGUGUACACAAAGAGAUCAAGUUCAGUAAUGACGGUCGUGCUAGCAUCCUCAAGGGUGUCGACGUCCUUGCUAAUGCUGUCAGUGUCACCCUCGGUCCAAAAGGCCGUAACGUCAUUAUUGAGCAGAGCUUUGGUGGACCAAAAAUCACGAAGGACGGUGUAACUGUGGCCAAAAGCAUCAGUCUCAAGGACAAGUUCGAGAAUCUCGGCGCCCGGCUCGUGCAGGAUGUCGCGCAAAAAACAAACGAAAUUGCUGGUGACGGCACUACCACCGCAACCGUCCUCGCUCGUGCUAUCUAUGCCGAGGGUGUCAAGAACGUUGCAGCAGGGUGCAAUCCCAUGGAUCUUCGUCGCGGUGCUCAAUCUGCCGUACAAAAGGUUGUCCAGUUCUUGGAAGCCAAUACCAAAACGAUCACCACUACAGCUGAGAUCGCACAAGUCGCCACUAUCUCUGCUAAUGGUGAUGAGCAUAUUGGUGGGUUGAUUGCGCAAGCAAUGGAGAGAGUUGGGAAAGAGGGUGUCAUCACCGUGAAAGAGGGCCGGACAACCGAAGAUGAGAUUGAGGUAACAGAGGGUAUGCGCUUUGACCGCGGUUACAUCUCCCCGUACUUCAUCACCGACGUCAAGACUCAAAAAGUCGAGUUCGAAAAGCCCCUCAUUCUCCUCUCCGAGAAGAAAAUUUCCUUACUACAGGACAUCCUUCCAUCCCUCGAAACCGCUGCCUCAGCUCGCAGACCGCUAGUCAUCAUCGCAGAGGAUGUUGACGGCGAAGCCCUCGCAGCCUGUAUCCUUAACAAGCUCCGUGGCCAGCUCCAGGUCGCAGCUAUCAAAGCACCCGGUUUCGGUGACAACCGUAAGAGCAUCCUUGGCGACCUUGCCAUCCUCACCGGCGGCUCAGUCUUCACUGAUGAACUGGACGUGAAGCUUGAGCAUGCAACAGCUGACCUCCUGGGCAGCACCGGCAGCAUCACCAUUACCAAAGAGGACACCAUCGUCCUCAACGGUUCCGGCUCCAAGGAUGCUAUCUCAGCACGGUGCGAGCAGAUCCGCGCAGUCCUGAAUGACCCCACCACCUCCGAGUUCGACAAGACUAAGCUCCAAGAACGUCUUGCGAAACUCUCAGGAGGUGUCGCUGUCAUCAAAGUCGGUGGUUCAUCUGAAGUCGAAGUCGGAGAGAAGAAAGACCGGUACGACGACGCACUUAACGCAACUCGUGCCGCUGUCGAGGAGGGUAUCCUCCCAGGUGGUGGUGUCGCACUGCUCAAGGCUAGCCUUUCGCUCAAGACAGCUGUAGCCGGCGAACCUGCCUCCUCUGACCCCGACAUCAUCCCAACUGCCAACUUCGACCAGGGCCUCGGCGUCAGCAUCAUCCGCCGCGCAUUGACACAGCCCGCACGCACGAUCCUCACCAACGCGGGCGAAGAAGCAAGCGUCAUCGUGGGCACGCUUAUCAACUCGUCCAACUCCUCCUUCGCAUACGGUUACGACGCGGCAAAGGGCGAGUACACUGACAUGAUCGCGCGUGGUAUCGUCGACCCGCUCAAGGUCGUACGGACAGCACUCGUAGAUGCCGCAGGUGUCGCGAGCUUGCUGACCACGAGCGAAUGCUGCGUUGUAGAUGGUGAAGAGGACAAACCUGCUGGUGGUAUGCCCGGUGGCAUGGGAGGCAUGGGUGGCAUGGGCGGUAUGGGCGGGUUUUAA